GCUUUUUCGAUUGUUGAUUCGUUUAAGAAUAUAGGGAUAUGUGUGUGUGUGGUUUUUGGCAUCUGCUUUUGAAAUAUAUUAGUCCAGGUGCCACGCCAGAGGAAACAGGAAACACAUGAGUCAGUACGAGAGCCCACACACAGGGAAAGGGGGAAUCGAAGCGGAACCAACACCAUGAAAAUCUGCCUUACACUCCUGGCGGUGGCGCUGGUGGGGAGGUCCUGUGGCGAGACCGUCGGUAGCUACUCCGGCUGCCGCCCAGGGGACUCCUCCUGCACCGUCGCUGUGGCCCGGACGCGCUGCUCAGGAGGCCCGUGUGGAUCGGCGGCAGCAGAGUCCACGACCUUUGGUGACGACGGAGUGGCUGACGGAGAAUGCGCCUACACCGAUCAGCAGGGGCGCUCCGUCAGGAUCCGCUUCCGACAGCUGCGCAACGGCCAGACCUACGCCCAGGCUAACAUCCCCGUUCGUGACGCCCAGAGGGAACUGCGGGCGUGUCGUCAGGAGGCCGCCCGUGCUCGCGAGACUGCCUUGAGGGAGCAUAACAGGAUGAUGAGGGAGCACCAGCGUUUGCAAGAAGAAAUGUUCCGUCAACAUCAGAGUCUUUUGAACCAGAUCAACGCACCUUUUGCUAAUCUUCCCAUUCACAAAUAAUUCUCCGGGAAUUUGUGUUUAAAUUCCCAUGUCGUUGUCUUCUUUUAAGUUUCCAGAUAGCCAAGGAUGUUUUAAAAUAAAGCAUGAUCUCCUUGGCCUAGGUUUCCCCUAGAUGCUUCGGGAUAUAAUCUGAUUCCCUCCUUUUUUUCCCCCAAAUAUUGGCCGAGAUUCGGUCGGAUUUCCUUUGUUUCCAGGCGGAAUUUCCCUAAAUGUUCCCCUAGAUGGACGGACUUCAAAACAAAUCAUGGUAAUUUCUUCUCAAUCAAUCGUCACUUUUCCAGAUUUCUUUCUGCUUAUAGAAAAAAAAGACUUAUUUAUACACGUUAGAAGUCUUAUUACAUUUCCCUGCAAGGCUUUAAUCAUGAUGGCUUCCAAUGAUCUGCAAAUGAUAUAUUCUUGUUUGGAAAUAACAUCGCUGGCAACUUGUUCUUCGCUUGUUAUGUAAUAGAAGUUCACGUAGAGUUUUUACUGAAAUAUAUAUCUUCCUUGGGACUUAUGAUAAAUACACUUAUUUUAGUCAUUAAAGCCGCUUGUCAAUGUUUCAUUGUGUGAGCGAUAAUUAGUGAUCAGGAUGGUAAUUAAGAAUUGUUUUAUUCGAUGUCAUUAAGGAUUUUUUAAAUAAAUUAUUACUGGCUUAUCUGUUAA